GUUCACAAGCAAAGGAACAAUAUCGAAGCUGGUGACCAAUAUAAAAGGAUCAGCACAGAUUCUCUCUUUUUUCUGUUACUAGGAGAUCAUCCACUAGUAUAACCGGUGCAAUUUCUAUCUCAUAUCCAGGCUUGUAAACCUAUAAACUGGUGUCAAGGAAACUAGAGGACUGGAAAAAUCAAAACAAACAACAAACCCCACCCACAUUAAUUUUUCCACCACAACCUUUUCAUGACCUUCCCCAAAAAUGAAGACUGUCAUUAUAUAGAUUGUAUAUAGAUUGUCAGCAUCAAAAUUGGCUUCUUGAGCACUGGCUUCACUGUAGCUGUAAGAGCUACUUGCACUCUGCCCUUCCAUAGGGAAAUGUUGACAGUCUUAAUCAAGAAGGAACCCACCACUUUCCCUACUGACCUUCACCAGCCAGGAAGGUCAUGGGUCCAGCUCACAGGUUGUAGCACAAAGCUACUUCAGUACCUCUUUAACUUCAGUGAGCAAUACUGGCUGAAAUUCAUAAGACUAAUUCAUUGUUUCCUUAAGACAGUGUUCCAUUUCUAUAGAAGUAGACAGUUUAUUCUAAAUUCAAACAAUUUUUAUUUGCCAAGUAAUAUGAAAAUUUUGAGGGGAAGAACUCAACUCUAUAAUUGUGAUGAGACAGCUAGGAUUGGGCAAGCUAUUGGCCACUAAGGAUGGUAUUUUUCUGUAUUGGAUUUCCUUUGGAAGGGAAAAAAACUAUAUAAUUGGUUGCAGUCUGCAUGAGAUUUCGGUCACUGGUGUUCUGGCUGUCUCGUUUCUCACUUGAUCUGUCUUUUCUGGGAACCAUGGUGAAGAUGGAGCUUGUGCAGAGAGCAUUUAGGGGCCACUGUUUCAAUAGUGGAUGACCGAAUACUAAUCUAAAGCUUACCAAAACCAUUAAUAGGUUGUUUUUCUGAAAGAUCACUGGUGUCUGUAGUGGCUGCGUGGAAACUCAGUGGUUUCAUUAACUACCGAGGGUGGACUCUCAAGAUAUGUCUGUCACUGUGAAUGGAUAAAUUCUUCCUAACUUCAGAGAUUGUGGAUGAUCAAUGAUGGGGGGAAAUGGUUCCUCAAUCUUAACUCAAGCACAAGAUCCAGAGUGUGUCUAGCCUUAUGAAUGGAGCCUGUGACUGCCUGGGACAGUCCAGUAAUUGUAAUGGGAGCUGUGAAAUUCUUAGCCAAUCCACAGGUAACAUCCCCUACACUGAAAUCCUCAGGCACUGACAUUUUGACUAUUCCAGAUUUGAUCCUGUGGGCCAGAAUCACUUUAAAUGCUGACAAAACCCAUAGUUAAAAAAAACCAACAACAACAAAACCCUAAGAAAAAAUGCAGGUCAUUGGGCGCUUUCUUCAAAUAAGAUAUUCAGUAUGUGGCCCUCUGUUGGAAGCUGGGAAACCUGUUUUCCCCUGUAUGAUGGCCUUAUUUUCUGACUUUAAAAUCUUAAUUUUGUAAGAGUGUGAAAACUUUUUAUAGUUGCAAGGCUAAUGUUGGUAAAAUUGCAUAUGGUGAAGUACCUAGAUACUAAUUUGGCCAACGUCACUGUAAUAUCUGAGUGCUUAUUGACGUGCUAUUUAAGCUAAAAUUUUGUUUAACUAUAUGUAUGAUUAAUAGCAAAGGCAUUCUGUGGCAUUUCCCAAAUCUCAGUGUAGUCCUUAGUCACCCAUUCAAAAAUAUAUUUAAUAUUCUACAAUAAAAUCACCUUUUUUUAGUACUAGGUACUUAAUUACUACAAAGCUGUCCUUCACUAGGCACGUAAGGAGUUACUGUCAACUCCAAAUUUGUCCCAAAGUUUAAAUUUACUUAAAAACAAGCUUGUAGAAAACAAGACAAAAAGAAAUAUUUCCAGGUACAGAAAGAUUUAGGCCAAUACCGAUCUAUUGGAGGGGAGGAAUAGCUCAGUGGUUUGAGCUUUGGCCUGCUAAACCCAGGGCUGCGAGUUCAAUCCUUGAGGGGGCCAUUUAGGGAUAUGGGGCAAAAAUUGGGGAUUGGUCCUGCUUUGAGCAGGGGGUUGGACUAGAUGACCUCCUGAGGUCCCUUCCAACCCUGAUAUUCUAUGAUUCUAUCUUUUUUACCCAAAUGUAAUCAAUUUUCAAACAAAUAUACUUUUCAGUACUUACAAUUCAAACCAAAAUUGACUUAACUGUUUUUCUUCAUCCCAGCUCAGAGAAAUGCACACAAAGUAAACAGUAUGUUUACAGUGUUAAGUAAACUAAAUCUUUAAAAAAAUUGCUUUUGCUAAUCUAAGGUAGUUAUUAAUAACAUAGGUCGAGAUAUUUUACAAUAUAAAGAUGCUAUUCCUGAAAGGCUUAUUGGUCACAUAAGUAAAUUGAAGUCUAUAGGACUAAUUUUGUAAGUAAGAAUUAUUCAUUAAUAAGGUUUAUAAGACUUGGCCCUACAAUUUUUAGGAAAAUUAAAAAUUUAUAUAUUGAUGAUAUCAAUCCUUAAACUUAAUCACCUUGUCUUUAAGAACCCAGUGGUGGAAGGUGCAGAGACACAGUGAUGCUUAAUUGGGCCCUAUGGCGACUAAGGAAGUACAUGUCUGGGAAGAUAGGCCUUAGCUGACUUUUUGAAUUACUCCCUCCCAGUGUGUUUUUACUUCCCCACCCUGAAUUCCAUUUAUAUAUAUAUAAAUAAAUAAACCAACUAUUUUUUUUAGUACCAUGGGAGAAUUUGCCCAUCUCGUGGAAUUUGCAGGAUCUAAGGUUUUUGCAGAUGUGAGCGGGAUAAAAAAAUGCAAGAAAAAAUGUGGGAGUAAGUAAGAAUGAGUAUUGUGUGGUGGGAUUGGACGGGAGCGGGAUUAAAAAAAUAGUCCCUCACAGGGCUCUACUCAGAACCAUGGGCCUUUAACAUUGGUUGUCCUCCAUCCCUCAUAGUGAAUAGGAAAAAAAAAAAAGCAUUUGAACAAUUUAAAAUGCACCUGCGCACACACAAGAAUUUCAUGGAUUAGACAAACGCUGUAAGUAGUGGUUUGGGGAAAUAGUCAUAUUUUGUUCCUAAUAAACAUAAUGAUAACCCUUGAUUCAUUGAGCAAUGUCAUCCUUAAUUAUUAAAAAAUUGAAGCUUACUGUGAACAAAUUUCUAUACUUGUGUGUGCAAAAAUUGUUAGCAUUUUAAAUUUGAACAUUUUAAAUUAUGUAGCUCUCAGGAUAAAUAUAGCUGUUUCUGACAGAGCAGUUUUAGCUUUUCAAAUGCAAAAUUGCUGUGUUGAGGGAGGCAAAAUUAUCAUACCCCCACCCCAAUAGUCUCAACUGUAUGGAGCUGAGAGUAUAACUGUAGCUUUCACUAUAACAUUUUAAAGUUCCCAAAUAGCUUCAUUGCACACAUAGGCUGAAUUUUGUUAUCUGAAGUUCUUUUGAAGGGUAUACUUGCUGAUGGAACUUAUUUUUCUAGUUUUUCUAAGGUGAACUUGACACUUGUGUAUAGAAUAAUUGUCUUAGUUUUUGUUUUAACAUUUUAUGCCAUUAAUGUGACCUAAAUUUUGAGUUUACCUUCAUCUGAAAUAAAUCUAGGAAUCAUUUCAGAUGCUUCCUGUUAUUGGAGCAGAGUGUUCUGAAAGUGGCUAAUGAUGGAAAACAACUUUGACCUAAGGAGGAGACCUAUUCAAAUGUCUUUGAACCAGAAAUUAGUUGGACAUGGUAUAUUAAAAACUAGGUUAAGUGUUUUCAAAUGGUUCUCUAACAAGAGCCAGUACAACAGCUGCUGUACAACAGCCCUUUUCAGAAUGUAUUAAUAUAUUACAUAUAAAAAAACUUUGUUAAAAGAACAUUAAGCACUCAAGAGUUAGGAAAUGCCAGAUAAGUUGCCUGUUCACCUCUGUUACUAUACAUUAUGAUACAGUCUUUAAAUACAUGAUCACAUACUAUUUUUUUCCAUGGGAUACUUGCCUCAUUCAGUGCCAGGAUGGACCUGCUGGGGGGAUGAAUCAGGGUUGAGUAGUGAAAGAGACUGUUGUCUGUAGGAUGCUGCUCGUUUGUUGCUGAGGUUGGAAGAUAAGUGUUUCCAGAAAGAGAAAAGAUGGUCUUAUGGUUGAGGCAGUUGAAUGCUGUCCUGGAGAACUGGAUUCUGUGCUUGCCUGUGAUACAAGUCAAGUCACUUAAACCAAAUUUUUCACAGGUGGUCAUUAGCUGUGAGUUUCUCAUUUUCUGGACGCCUGACUUGAGACCCAGAGGACUGAUUUGUGGAAAUGCCGAGGACUCACAGCUGCCACUAAAGUUAGUGGGGGCAAUGCUUUGAACUAUAAAGUGCGUAUGAUGCUAACUACUCUGAAAAGUCAGUUCAUAGGUGUCUAUAACUGGGCACUCAGCAUUACUGGAUACUUUUGAUUUUAAUCUCUGCUUCGGUUUGCCAUCUGUAAAAUGAGAAGAAUAAUACAACUCCCUCAUCUCACAGAGAUGUUAAAAUAAGUUCAUUAAUAUUUGCAAUAUUCAGAUAUUCAGGUACUAUAGUGAUGAUUGCCAUAGAAAAGGCCAUGAGGAAAUUAAUAAUUCUGUCUUCAAAGGAGGAUUUGAACAGUGUGCAGUAAAUAAGGACUUGGACCACACAUUUCCUGAUGAGGAAAAAACAAAAUAUUGAACAGCUGCUCAGUAAGUGAACACUGUCCAUUCUGUGCACUGAAUGAGGCAGAGGUCCUUUGGGGGAAAAAAAAUGAUUUAUGAAAUUAAAGACAGUAUACAUAUAUACAAGGGAGCUGAAUUUUGGUUGUGCAGACAACCUUAAUUCUGGCAUUUCCUAACUUUUGAAAGCUUCACUUUGCAACCUUAAAAUGUUUUUAAUAUACUUUGCUUUUUGUGUUUAAAAAUGUCCUAGGUUUUAAAAAUAGCAAACUGAAAAUACAGAAAUUCCGUCAUGCUGCAUCAUAUUGACACCCAUAUGGGUCAUCAGUUUGGUUGGAACCUUUAGUUUUACCACACAAACCUCUUCCCCUUGAGAUAGUAGAGUAACUGAUAGCAAUAGUAAGUUUAUUAUUGUCUAUGUGAACCAACAUUGGAGGAGGAUGAGAGACACACUUUGCUAGUGGAUUUCACAGGUAUUUAAUGAUGAGAGAGGAACGGUGAGACUCAGGAAUCUUGGUUUCUAUCCCAACCUCCGGAGGGGAAUUUUCCCUAAUGGUCACAGCAUCUUCUGCUUGUUCCACCCAGGACUGAGUCCUUCUGCCCCUUUUGCUUCAACCUGUCCCAUUCUUCUUGCCUAUCCAGUCCUAGUCUCCACUCCUCAGGAUUCUCAUCCCAGUCCCAGUCUCCUUAUCCAGCCAGUCCUCAUCUCUCCCUCCUGGCUGUCUGUACAAGUCCCAGUUUCCUUCCCUUCUCUUCUAGUCCUACGCUAACCAGACUCCUUGUCCUAAUCUACUUCUUUCUCUCCCCCUGGUCCAGCUUCUGUCUCCUCUGUAUUUGAAUCAGGCAGCUUCCUCCACGUUCCUGGGUGCUGGAAUGCAGGUCACUUAGAGCUCUCCGUUGCGAUGCUCACCUCCACUCUUGCCCAGAGCAGGGUUCAAAAUUGCUUCACAGCUGUCUCAGGAAUGGCAGAUGGCACCCAAGUGGACAAGAAAUGCACAGCACACUGUACACAAGCAUGGGGUAAGGGAAAAUGGUGACCAAAGACACCAGCUAACAGAAGAUGAAAUAGCCACCAUUCUUAAAUCCACACUUAAAGGACUUGAAUAUUUGCACUUCAUGAGAAAAAUACACAGAGAUAUAAAGGCUGGAAACAUCCUCCUUAACACAGAAGGACAUGCAAAAUUAGCUGAUUUUGGAGUGGCUGGCCAAUUAACAGAUACAAUGGCAAAACGAAAUACUGUUAUAGGUACUCCAUUUUGGAUGGCUCCUGAGGUAAUUCAAGAGAUUGGUUAUAACUGUGUGGCAGAUAUCUGGUCCCUUGGUAUCACUUCAAUAGAAAUGGCUGAAGGAAAACCUCCAUAUGCUGAUAUACAUCCAAUGAGAGCUAUUUUUAUGAUUCCCACGAAUCCACCGCCAACAUUCCGGAAGCCGGAGCUCUGGUCUGAUGAGUUCACUGAUUUUGUGAAAAAAUGUUUAGUGAAGAAUCCUGAGCAGAGAGCUACUGCAACACAGCUCCUACAGCAUACUUUUAUUAAGAAUGCCAAACCAGUCUCAAUUUUAAGAGACCUGAUCACAGAAGCUAUGGAGAUCAAGGCAAAGAGACAUGAGGAACAACAAAGGGAGCUGGAAGAGGAGGAAGAAAAUUCGGAAGAAGACGAGCUGGACUCUCACACCAUGGUGAAAACUAAUUCAGAGAGUGCUGGCACAAUGAGGGCCACAAGCACAAUGAGUGAAAGUGCCCAGACAAUGAUUGAACAUAACAGUACCAUGUUAGAAUCAGACUUAGGGACUAUGGUGAUAAAUAGCGAUGAUGAUGAUGAUGAUGAAGAAGAAGAUGGGACCAUGAAAAGAAACGCUACUUCACCGCAAGUACAAAGACCUUCUUUCAUGGACUACUUUGAUAAACAAGAUUCCAAGAAUAAAAGCCAUGAAAACUGUAAUCAGAACAUGCCUGAACCCUACCACAUAUCCAAAAAUGUUUUCCCUGAUAACUGGAAAGUCCCUCAAGACGGAGAUUUUGAUUUUUUAAAAAACCUAAGUUUAGAAGAAUUGCAAAUGAGGUUAACGGCUUUGGACCCUAUGAUGGAACGAGAAAUUGAAGAGCUUCGUCAAAGAUACACAGCGAAGAGGCAGCCGAUCCUGGAUGCAAUGGAUGCAAAGAAACGAAGGCAACAGAAUUUCUGAAUCUGUCUUACUCUCAAAGAUAAUGCUAGUAGUCAACAUGGACACUUGUUAAAUUGUAAAUCUGAAGGAAUCCUAUAGUUGUGAGAGGUGUUUUUAAAACUUUAAAUUGUGCUUCAUAACCAAGGAGCAGUGAAAGAACAUGUAUAUGGUGUUCAGCAAAGACGGUGGAACACAAUUAAACUCUUCUGUGCGUUUACCACACUUCUAUUUUCAAAUAUUUAAUGUAAUAGAAGUGUAAUCUGUUACUUUCUUGAUCCCCCUCAGCUGUAUAGUGGUAACUGUGAUGUACAAUGGGAGAGUGUUUAGGAUACCUGGAAGAUUUUGAAGUGUUUCAUGAUUGUGCAGCACUACAGGGCCUUAUGUUGCAAUAUAUUUUUCUCCCAUUUAGUAGCAUAUUUAUUAUAUACUCGUAGGUGAUUGUAUUUAUAUUUAUGCCCAUUUACUUUUUAAAACUUGGUGGGGAGGGUCAUUAGGAUAGUUGUGGUGGAGAGCAGGGUCAGGUUAGUUUAAAUUGAACAUGGGAAUGCAAUAAAAAAGAAACUCACUGCCAUAUUAAAGCCUGAUUCAGGGCAGCAUUUACACAUGUGCUCAAGUUCCAUUGACACUGAUAAGUUAAGCAUGUGCUUAAGGGCUGUCCUGAAUCAGGACCUAUGGCUGUAGUACACUAGAGAACAUUCAUGUAAGGCCCAGUUCUGUCACCCUUCCUUACAUUGAGUGCUCUCCUCCUACUACGGAAGGAAACAAGUGCCUACUUAGUUUUAAUUUUUCUAUAGGGCAGGAGAAGCAACAAGUGCAGUCACACCUAUGGUAUAUACUUCUAGUUGCUAUUGCAAUUCUUACAUUCUGACCAGUUUCAAACAUCAUUCUGCACCAUUGUUUUGUAAUAAAGCAACAGCUACACUUUUUGGCCAGUGUUUUUUACCUGGUUGGUUUGUAAUAUGAUUUUAUUUGUUGGUGUUCUGCAUUGUAGACAUGUAGCUGCAAGGGACACUAAUUUAAAAGCCAAAGAAAAUCAAUGGAAAACCUGUAUUAAUCCAUAAUAAGUCUCCAAAAAAAGCAAAGUUUUGCAGUAUUCCUAAUCCUGCAUUCAUUGAACACUCAAAAUUCCCAUAGUCUUCCGUGAGAGUUUUGGGUGCAUAAGGAAUGCAGGACCAGGCUCUUGUUAAUAUCUGUGUCCAUUUUUUAUCUCUGGUUCAUGUGUGUAAAUAUAUGGUAGGUGAAAUAUAUCACAUUGCAAUAAAUACAUCAGUCAUUUGUAUGAAAAUGUGAUCCACUUUCUGAACCAUCGACUGUGGUCACUAUUAAUAUUAAUAUUGCCACAAUUUUUGCCUUUUGCCUAAUUAACAUUAUUGUGGUAUUCAGAUAUUUCCCUAAAAGUCAGACAUAAUGAUAAUUACUUGCAAAAUGCAGCUAUACAGAUUUUAAUGGUGCCCAUGGUUACUGGCAUCCUUCUGUUAAAUGUUUUCUGGAAGAUAGUAAACAUCUCAUGCCUCUUGGCAUUUACUGUAGUCAUAUGUGGACCAUUUAUACUGAACCAUGAGCCUUUGGAAACAAUGCAUUAUCUUUAAACAGUCUAACUAAACAAGGAAAAAAUAGUUUUAAACAGAUCAGCAUAUGUCUGACCCUUCGCGGACCAAUUGUUUUUCUUGAGUUGUAUAUGGGCAUUCUUAUCAUUUUUAUUCUAUGUGUGUGUUUGUACUUCCAACUUGUAAAUCGUAAAUUCAAAUACAUUUUAACUGACCCUCAUAUAUUCCUAAAUUUUUAAAAAUGUGAACUGCCUUUUGCAAAGAAGGAAGGGAAGUAACCCUUAAGAGAGAUCCAUAAAAUCUACGGUAAAUCAAGAUGCCCCAAUAUUGUGCUUUUACUGCCUCACAUCUAAACAAACAAUGAAGUGAUGCAUGGUAAAAUCUAAUACAGUUUAUGAAAAUGACAACAUAGACUUCUGAAUAUAGACCUGUUUCAAAUUAAUUUCUAAAUCUUUGCUUUAUCUCUUUUUUAAAUUCAUUGAUGUGUACAUACAAACACAAAGAUAUAAUAUAUGGAAAGAAUGUAUGGAAAGCUUAGAAUCAUCAAGAAGGAGAGAGCCUUAUUUGCCCUUUCCCAAUGUGCCUUGUAGGCAAUUAAUGUAAUUGUCCAACUAUAGCCUCUCUGCAUCAUUGCUAACUUUCUCUUCCCAUAUUUUCUUCCACUUGCCCCACCAAAAAUAGCAUAUGUUGGUUUUGUAUAUGGUAGCAUCAUCUGAUUACAUCCUGUGUUCAGACUUUGUGCCUUCUGGAAAAUUUUUCCAAUUUAGUGCACACCGUGUGUAAUACUUACCCAGAGGGGGUCCAGGUUAAAGGCCACUAGACAGGCUAGAGCUUUUCAAAUGACAUCUGAAAGGCAUGAGGGCAUAAAGUGCAUCUCUUCUCUACCUGCAGUCUACCUGAAAGCCACACUUUCUCUCCAAAUGAAGCAACCCAACUGAAUUUUAUACAUACACAUACAUAGGAGAAAAGCCAGAAGUCACGGUAAAAAUUGGAAAUUGAAUAAUCCACCUGGGAUGGGGAAGUUCAUGGCUUCUUGAGAUAUUGUAACUUAGAUGCAGGAAUUUUCUCUGUCCAGAAUUGAUAUCCCUCAACUAAUAUAAAAUUCAAUAACUUUGAUGCCUAAUGCAAUGAGUGAAAAGCCUCUCAGACUUCAGGGGGAACUAGAUCAGACCCUUAGUUAUGUGCAAGGAGUAAAACCUAGAAAUAGGUUUUAUAUUAUAGAGGGGUACUUUUAUGGUUUUCUUUUCCCUGUUUAUUUACUAAAUUAUAGCAUCCAUGUUCAUGACCACAUUUAUCUCCACUGAGGAAUGAGCAUUUUCUAUAAAGGAAAUCAGGUAGCACGCUAAAUAAGACAUUGUAACAUCAAACAUUUCAAUAAAUCCAGAAGAACUACGGACACAUUAAGAUUCAGGAAGAUUCUAACCCAGCAUUUUCUCUUUUUUCUGCCCAUUUUGUAUGUUUAAGUUUAGUACAUAAAAAUCUCUGGAAAAUAACUACUUAUCACUAAACAUCUGAAUAAAAACUUAUUUUUCGCUUA